AUGAGCCUGACUAAUCCACCUUCGUCUACCGGUGGGCCCCUGACGACCUCUUCCUCCAUCCGGCCCAACGUCUCCUCUGCCAAUCUGAACCUCAAGAGAAGCGUGCAGGCUGCUUUUGACGAUUCCGGCCGAUCCGGCAGUGGAUACACAAGUAAAGUCCAUAUCAGAGAGCGAUAUCAUAUCGUUGGUUUCAUUAGUAGUGGUACCUAUGGACGUGUCUACAAGGCGCUCGGGAAGAAUGGCAAGAAGGGGGAGUUUGCCAUUAAAAAAUUCAAACCCGAUAAAGAAGGAGAGUUGAUUCAAUACACGGGUCUCUCACAAUCUGCGAUUCGUGAGAUGGCUUUGUGCUCAGAACUCAAUCACCCAAAUGUAGUCGGACUUGAAGAAAUCAUCUUAGAGGACAAAUGUAUUUUCAUGGUAUUUGAAUACACCGAACACGAUUUGCUUCAAAUCAUCCAUCACCAUACCCAGCAACAGCGAUAUGCAAUACCCGCGAAAAUGGUCCGCUCUAUAUUGUUUCAAUUACUGAACGGGUUGCUCUAUUUACACACCAACUGGGUCCUUCAUCGUGACUUGAAACCUGCCAACAUACUUGUGACUGCUAGCGGCGCUAUCCGAAUAGGUGAUCUUGGACUGGCACGUUUGUUCUACAAACCCUUGAACUCCCUGUUUACUGGCGACAAGGUAGUGGUUACGAUUUGGUAUCGUGCGCCUGAAUUGUUGCUAGGUAGUCGGCAUUAUACACCGGCCGUGGACAUGUGGGCUGUGGGUUGUAUAUUUGCUGAAUUGUUAUCGCUACGGCCCAUAUUCAAAGGCGAAGAAGCCAAGAUGGAUAGCAAGAAGACUGUUCCAUUUCAACGCAAUCAAAUGAUGAAGAUUGUGGACAUCUUGGGCUUUCCACGACAAGAAACAUGGCCUGGCUUGGCUGCGAUGCCCGAGUUCAAUCAAAUGCAAUCUAUGAUGCAGUCUAUGAAGAUGUCGUCUCGAGGAGCUCUUCAUUACAACAAGCCUUCCGGCCUUGAUACAUGGUACCAGGGUUGUUUGAAAACGGGUGGCUACUCUUCAAGCAGUAAUGUUGGCACCCCUGGCGCUGACGGUUUUGACCUUUUGUCACGAUUACUCGAAUACGACCCAGCCAAACGAAUCACAGCCGAGGAGGCCCUGGAACACCCAUAUUUCACAAAUGGCGGUCCGAUUAGUGGGAAUUGCUUCGAGGGCUGCGAAACUACCUAUCCUCCUCGUCGAGUUAGUCAAGAAGGCAACGAUAUUCGGACUGGUAGUCUUCCAGGCACGAAACGCAGUGGACUUCCAGACGAUAGCCUCAUGGGCCGGGUAGCCAAACGUCUCAAAGAGUAA